ACACACACACAGAGAGAGAGGAGGAGGUGACGGGGAUUAGAGCUGCGCCUCAUCAUUAAACCUACAUAUCAGGAGAAAAUGGGAAAUACGGACUCGAAGCUAAAUUUCAGGAAGGCGGUGAUACAGCUGACCACAAAAACACAGCCCGUGGAGGCCACAGACGAUGCGUUCUGGGAUCAGUUCUGGGCGGACAGCGCCACCAGUGUCCAGGACGUGUUUGCCCUGGUGCCGGCCGCUGAGAUCAGAGCCGUGCGAGAGGAGUCGCCCUCCAAUCUGGCAACUCUCUGCUACAAGGCGGUGGAAAAGCUGGUUCAGGGCGCUGAGUCCGGUUGUCCCUCAGAGAAGGAGAAGCAGAUGGUGCUGAACUGCAGUCGGAUGCUCACUCGAAUCCUGCCCUACAUCUUCGAGGACCAGGACUGGAGAGGCUUCUUCUGGUCCACCAUCCCUGGCGCUGGCAGAGCGGGGAUGGAUGAUAUGGAGGAUGAGGAUGAAGGGGCCCGACCGCUGGCCGAGUCUCUCUUACUGGCUCUUGCUGACUUGCUUUUCUGUCCAGAAUUCACCGUUCAAAGCCACAAGAGAGGAAGACCUGAGUCGGUGGAGGACAUGCAGGCGAUGGACAGCUGCGAGUACAUCUGGGAGGCCGGCGUGGGCUUCGCUCAGUCCCCCCCGCUCAACUACAUCCACGACCUCAACAGGUCUGAGCUGCUGAGGUUGCUGCUCACCUGUUUCUCAGAGGCCAUGUACCUGCCGCCGACAGCAGAAAACAGUCUCCUCAACCCCUGGGUCUCCUUCUUCUGCUCCGCCGAGAACAGGCACGCUCUGCCUCUCUUCACCUCUCUGCUGAACGUGGUGUGCGCGUACGACCCCGUGGGCUACGGGAUCCCCUACAACCACCUGUUGUUCUCCGACUACCGGGAGCAGCUGGUGGAGCAGGCCAUGCAGAUCCUCAUCGUGAGCCUGGAGCACGAGGGCCGCCCCCCCUCCCCCGCACGCAUGGAGGAGCAGGACUCCGCCGGCCCGAACAACCUCUUCGUGAAUUACCUGUCCAGAAUCCACCGGGAGGAGGAUUACGACUUCGUGCUGAAAGGUUUGGCGCGCCUGCUGACCAACCCGCUCACUCAGACGUACCUGCCCAACUCCACCAAGAAGAUCCAGUUCCACCAGGAGCUGCUGGUGCUUUUCUGGAAGCUCUGCGACUUCAACAAGAAAUUCCUGUUCUUUGUGCUGAAGAGCAGCGAUGUGCUGGACAUACUAGUGCCUAUCCUGUUCUACCUGAACGACGCCCGAGCCGACCAAUCACGGGUCGGUCUCAUGCACAUCGGCGUCUUCAUUCUGCUUCUGCUGAGCGGAGAGAGGAACUUCGGUGUGCGUCUGAACAAACCGUACUCGCUUCACGUCCCCAUGGACAUCCCAGUGUUCACCGGCACACACGCAGACCUGCUCAUAGUGGUUUUCCACAAGAUAAUCACCAGUGGCCAUCAGCGUUUACAGCCUCUCUACGACUGCCUGCUCACUAUUGUGGUGAACGUGUCUCCGUACCUGAAGAGUCUCUCCAUGGUUGCGGCCAACAAGCUCCUGCAUCUCCUGGAGGCGUUCUCCACAAACUGGUUCCUCUUCUCUGCUCCUCAGAACCACCAUCUGUCCUUCUUUCUGCUGGAGGCCUUCAAUAACAUCAUUCAGUACCAGUUUGAUGGUAACUGUAAUUUGGUGUACGCCAUCAUUCGGAAACGCAACGUCUUCCACCAGCUGGCCAACCUGCCCAGCGACCUGGCCACCAUCCAGAAGGCCUUGCAGAGGAAGAGGAAAUCUCCGAACGCUAUAUCCCGGACCAGCUCCCAGGAGACCGUGUCCAUGGAGGGAUCGAGACCGGCUGUCCCCGCGGAGCCCGGGACACUGAAGGCCAGUCUCGUGGCCAUACCAGACAUCGAUAAACUGACGGAGAAGUCCCAGGUUUCAGAAGACGGUACUAUGAUAGCAGUGCCACAGGCCGAAUACCCAGAAACCCCUGAACACAGCGCUGCGGCGGGAACCAGUGACACGGAGUCCAUCUCAGGACGAGACACUGAGGAUGUCUUCUACACCGAGGCAGAGAUGGCGAGGAGACGUCUGUCCAGCUCUUCAUCAUCCGUCAGCCACUGGAAUCCCAAACCCGACUGGGUCCUGUCCUGGAAGAGUAAGCUCCCACUGCAAACCAUCAUGCGCUUGCUGCAAGUACUGGUGCCACAGGUGGAGAAAAUCUGCAUUGACAAGGGUCUGACGGAUGAAUCGGAGAUCCUGAAGUUUCUCCAGCAUGGCACUCUGGUGGGUCUGCUUCCCGUUCCCCAUCCCAUUCUCAUCCGGAAAUACCAGGCCAAUGCGGGAACCGCCAUGUGGUUUCGCACGUACAUGUGGGGAGUCAUUUACUUGCGGAAUGUGGAUCCUCCGAUCUGGUACGACACCGACGUGCGUCUCUUUGAGAUCCAGAGGAUGUAGAGAUGACCCGUCACACUGAGAGCCCGCAGACCUCAUCCGGCCUUGUCCUUCUGCUUUAACCCGUUCCCCAGAGAAGAGGCGACUCGCUCUCGCCUGCGAGACUCCACUGAAGGUGCCAGUCCACCCGCCAGCUCUGGCUGCGGUUCAGAUGAUAACGCGUCUAUAUAUAAACCAUACGCUCCCAUAAUACAAGCAUACUGUGUGCAGCAGCAGCAGCCCAGACAUGUGAAACUCUCUCUCACUGUGGUUUUUAUAGGAAUAAAGUGCUUAUUAUAAGAAGGAAUGCUAUUUAUAGUAUAGAAAAAAUAAA